AUAAAAAGGAGAAGGAGCAGGAGCAUUGGCAGAGUCCUGCAAGGAGCACCUCCCCAGGUACAUCAGCUGUCUGCCUGCUGCAGAGAUGGUGCAAGCAACUGUCUUCCUCCUGGUGCUCAGCCUGGCCCUGGGGGCUCACAGCCUCCCUCCAAAAAAGUGCAACCUGAUCGGGCACUGGGUCAAUGAUCUGGGCUCCAACAUGAGCAUCUCAGCUGUGAAUGGAGAUGGUGUCUUCUCCGGCUCCUACCUCACGGCUGUGUCAGCCACCACGAACGAGAUCAAGGUGUCACCCCUGCAAGGAACUCUGCAACGCAAAAACCAGAAGGGCCAGCCCACCUUUGGCUUCACCGUCAACUGGAGCUUUUCAGACUCCAUCACCGUUUUCACGGGACAAUGCUUCGUGGACAAGGAUGGAAAGGAGACUUUGAGGACCAUGUGGCUUCUGCGGUCACGCAUGGACAACAUUGAAAACGACUGGAAAGCCACCAGGGUUGGCACCAACAUCUUCACCCGUGUGCAGCCACAGAAGGAGUGAGAAGGGCAGCAGGGGCGUUCCCAGGCUGGCAGCAACACUGGGGGGGAAGCCCCCACUCCUGCCCCACCACUUGUUUCUCCCAAUAAAGCUUUGUUGCAAAUCUC